CACGAAAGAUUCAGGGAGAGGCAAUUAAUUCUUCUUCUUCUUCUUCUUCUUCUUACUUCUAUUCAUUGGCGAUCAAAACAAAAUCUUUGAGCCAAAUUAAACACAAGAAAAGUUUCUUCAAAUGGGAUCUCAGAAUGAACACAUUGUGAUGUUACCAUUCAUGGCUCAUGGACAUCUCAUACCUUUUCUUGCUCUAGCAAGGCAAAUCCGCCGCAGAACUGGCUUCACCGUCACCAUCGCCAAUACCCCUUUCAACAUUCAAUACCUUCGUUCCACCAUCAACUCCUCCUCAUCCCCACCUGAACCCAACAUCUGUCUCGUCGAGCUUCCUUUCUCCGUCGCCGAUUAUGGCCUACCCGCCAACACUGAAAACUCUGAAAACUUGCCUUUAGACCUUAUUGGGAAAUUUUUCACAGCAUCUACAGGUCUUAAGAACCCAGUUCAUUGUCUUCUAUCUGAUAUUGUAGCUAAAGAAGGGAAGCCUCCUCUCUGUGUAAUAUCAGAUGUUUUCUUUGGAUGGGCAAAUGAAGUUGCCAAAAGUGUAGGUACUGUUAAUCUGAGCUUCUCUACCGGCGGCGCCUAUGGCUCCUUAGCUUAUAUUUCUUUGUGGUUGAAUCUUCCUCACCGGCAAGCUGGUUCCGAUAAGUUUCAUCUGCCGGGAUUUCCUGAUAGCUGCCGUUUUCAUAUAACUCAGUUGCAUCAAUUUUUGAGAAACGCAGAUGGUACUGAUUUAUGGUCCAAGUUUAUGCAACCACAGAUUUCACUUUCUUUGCAGUCCUUCGGAUUUUUAUGCAACACAGCAGAGGAAAUUGAGCCUCUAGCAUUGGAGUGGUUGAGGAAAUACAUUAAGCUUAGUGUUUGGACUAUUGGACCUCUUCUUCCACCUGCUGUGCUCAAUGGUUCAUCCAUUUCAUUUUCAGGUUCAAGCAUAAGUAUUCAGCGUGCUGGGAAGCAACCUGGGAUCUCUACAAAGAGCUGCCUGGAAUGGCUAGAUUUACAUAGCCCAGGUUCAGUUCUUUACAUUUCUUUUGGUUCACAAAACAGCAUUAGUCCCUCCCAGAUGAUGGAAUUGGCAAUUGGGUUGGAAGAAAGUUCAAAGCCUUUCAUUUGGGUCAUAAGGCCACCAGUUGGUUUUGACAGAAAAGCUGAAUUUAAAGCAGAAUGGCUACCAGAAGGAUUCGAAGAGCUAAUCAACAACAGAAAAAAAGGGUUGCUGGUUCGCAAUUGGGCACCCCAAUUGGAGAUUCUGUCACACAAGUCCACUGGAGCAUUUCUCAGCCACUGUGGUUGGAAUUCAGUACUGGAAAGUUUAAGUCAAGGUGUGCCUAUUAUAGGAUGGCCUCUGGCAGCAGAACAAGCAUAUAAUUCGAAAAUGCUGGCGGAAGAGAUGGGUGUUAGUGUGGAGCUGACAAGAGGACUGCAAAGCAAUAUAACCUGGAAGGAAGUGAAGAAGGUGGUAGACUUGGUAAUUGAACCAAAAGGUAAAGGUAAUGAUAUGAGGAACAGGGCCAUGGAGAUUAGAAAGCUAAUGAGAGCAUCAGCAACAGAGGAAGGGGAAGAGAUUGGGUCCUCUGUAAAAGCAUUAGAUGAUCUUGUGAAAACCCUUUUAUCCAGAAGACGAGAGAAUAAGCCAAUUGCAUGAAUUAAGUGAAUGGAAAUUGGGAUAUUUAGCUCUUCUUAUAUUACCAAGUUCUUCAACUGAUGUGAUUCUCAGUGCUUAAUUAUUUCUUUUUUAUAAAAAGCAUAUUCCCCUUUGGGAAUUAGAAUUUUAUAAUAAUUUAAUUCAAUAAAUUUCUUUUAGUUAA